AUGAACAGCCUGCAGACGCCAGUCGCUGAAGCUGCCGUGGCGUGCCUCCGCGUUCUGCACUGUCUCCUGCAAGACGAGGAGGUGACGCUGGCACAGCUGAGCUACCUUAUCGAGAAUGUGCACGAUCCGUUGGCCCACGUGUGUCUGCCGCCAAGCCAGCGGCCCACGGCUGUGCCCGCUCUACAGCUGAGCUCGCCAUCGGCCAGUGCGUUGAACCGCUACAGCUCUCCCGGCAAGCACGCACAUUCGUCGGCGCGCUCGACAAUGGCGGCCGCGGCAGCGAAUGAGGUGAAAGCGCGACGGCUGCCACCGCAGCCCGCCGUGGUCGAGACGGCGGCGCCUGCGCAGAAAGAGGCAACGCCGCCCAAGACGGCCAAGUCGACUGAAAGGAUGCACCAGACAUCCAAGAAAGCUUCGAGAACAGGUGAGGUGAAUGCAACAGCCUCCCCGUCGUCGACCAGUAGGGCGGAGGCACGCGUCCCGCUGACCCUCAGUCGGUACUGGGCCAUCUUCGCCAAUCUACCUACGCUGUAUACGGUGCACCUCACCCUCGUGCAGCAGCUCGACAAGGUCCUUUUACGACUCACCCAAAUUGUGGAUGAGCUGCAUCCAGCGACGCAGGACACUGAAAACGGCGGGGUGCUCCACUCCUCUGCCGCCAUGCCUGUCCCCGACGCGGCCCUCAACACAUGCAAGGACGUUUCAGCCCUUCGUAACCCUUCCGCCAGCCCGGCUGCAGGCGCUCGCAGCGUCUACAACGAGAUCGGUGCCAUGGUUUGCGAGUUCUUCGGGUCUGAUCUGAUGAAGCACUUCAUGGCGGAGCACAUGAUGUACACGGUCAAGUAUACGCAGCAGGGAGCGCCGCAGCUGCUGCGGUUGUCGCGACUGUGGCGAUGGUGCGCAGAGCCAUCGGGGUCGUCUGGGGUGUCGGCGGCCUCCCUCACGCACCUGUCGGAAAUGGACCGGAAGAUGAUUCUGGAAAAUGAUCUCUUCUUGGACUUUCUCUGGCGCUCCUUCGGACCAUCCGGCAUCCCAGCUGAUGAUCGAGUGUGCAUACCAGCGUCCAUGGAGCUGAAGCAGUGCACCGCGGCGGGCGGGCAGGAUCAGGCACUGUCGCGGGCAAGAGCACUGGCCGGUGGCAGCGGUGUAACUCGACGCUCUCGCUCUACCGCGGCAGCCUCGUCCCCUGCAGCCCGCCUCCCUCCUAUCCCAGCGAUGUGGGAAGGCUUCCACACGCUCCUGGUGCUUCUUGCCACCCCGCUAAGCAUCCUGCGCCGCUACAGCCACGUGGCACGGUGCCUAGUGGAGAGCGGCGCGCUGCUGCCGAACGACCGUAAACGGCUGCAGAGCUGCUUUGUCAACGUCGCCGCACUGCGCAUCAGCGAGGAGACGAACCUUGUCAUGGAGGAGCUCUGUCUGCACGACGUAAGAGGCAUCAUGGCACUUAUGGAUAUCCCGGGUGCCUCGACGAACAGCGGAGGGGCCGGUGUUGAGCCGAUCAACACCGGCGCUGUUCCAGCGCUCUCCUCCACCGGAGCACCGGCGAAUCGCAGCAACCGCGUCCUUAUCCACUACGGUCGUCUUCUGAAGCGCUUUGAGCGCGGUCGGCACGAGCGCCUCAUCUUCCUCUUCAGCGAUUGGAUGUGCUACGCCCAAGAGAGCAGCAACGGUCGCUUCCGCGUGCGUGGCACGAUUCCGCUUGCAGGCCUGCGCGUGGUGGAAGCGUGCGAUAACCCGUCGAUGGACAUGGUCAACUGCUUCGAGCUCGUCGCGCCAAGCCUUUCAAAACGUAUCACCCUCUACGCCGCCUCGCCCGAGCAGCGGGAUCAGUGGGUGGACGCAAUCCGCUACACGGUGCGGCGGUUUGAAGGACAGCGACAACGGCAAGCUGCGACGAACGGCUCGGCGCACAACAGCAACACGAACAUGGCAGCAGGAGACGGGGGCAUGCCGAGCGCGAUGCGGCCUACAGCGCCGAUCCUGAUACCCAAAUCCCGGCUGAGCCGUCAGCGACACAACGACAUCAAGUGGCAGGCGUACGGAAACCUCCAGCGGCGCACGGCGGAGAUAGCGCCGCAACCCUUGCACAUGAUCUCUGGGGCGGCCCGUGUUCCGUUACCCGCCACGGCAGGUGGGCCGGUGGGCGGGUCGUCGUCCUUUCCCGUCUGCCACUCUCCGCCGCCGGCGAACGUCCCGUCCGGUGACCCCUCGCCCAACAACAGCGCCGUCCGCCAGCGUUCCCGUAGCACUCACUGGCACCUCGACUACAGCGUCAAGUCCUGGUCGGCACGCACAUCUGUGCACCGCCGCAUCCGCAGCCAGGAACUUAUCGCAGUGCAUCAGCAGAAGCUCGCCGCGUCCUCAUCCCACAUCGCUACACCCACCAAAACCGACGGUGCCCCGCCAGGGGGCGGCGGCGCGACGGUCGAAAGCAACUCCAACCUGGGCCCCAUAGUCGUCCAUUCCCUCGACACAGGCAACAUGGACAGCACCUCACCGGUGCGCGAGGCGGACAGAAACGCACCACUACAGAGGCAGCAUUCUCGCCAGGCCCUCUCCCCUGUCACAUCGACGGCCGCCGUUGCCGCCUCUGCUGAACGGCGCAGCAGCAGCUCCCUCCACGCCUUCACUAUCGACAUCAUAGUCAGCUCAAACCGCGGCGGUGGCGGCUCCGGCGUCAGCACCCCGUUGCGCCGUCCUGUAUCAGAGCGCUUCGAGGCGGCCAACAUCAGCAGCCGCGGAGGAAACACUCCCCACCAACCGCCGCAGGAGACUUUCGCGCCUCCAGAAAAAGUGGCACGUCACCCUGGCGGCAGAAGAGUGGCAUCGCCGCCGUCUUCGCUGGAAAGCAGCAGCAGCAGCAGCAGUGGCGUGCUGGACAACGUUAUCGGCAGAGCAGGCCCUCCGGCACUCGUCACGGAUGGCGUACCGGCUUCUGGUGCGCCACCUUCAGCUUCUGCGGGAGCACAGGCCUGGAGUCGUGCUGACUCGGGCCCGCCCAGCAAAAGUAUCGUCUCAGCAGCCGAGAUCCCGCCAACGUCGCCCAUGGUCGUCGAGGAAAACAACUCAGGUGACUCGCGACCGAUCACCGCUGGCGACCAAAGUGCGAGCGGCACGGGCAGUGUCAUGAGUGCUGCUGCCCCGCUAGAGGAGAGCGUCGACGGUGGCGCAGAGGAAGAUGACUCGGUGACGGCCACGGCCGUCGUCACGGCGUUCCGCACCCCCGGGGUCAUCUAUCACCGCCUCAUGACGCCCACGUCGCCUUUGGUGAUGAAGUCCAGACCCGCGGCGGUGCCCCGAGAAAACAGCGACGUCCCGAGUCCUUUCAGGCCCAUCAGGAACUCCUCAACGGGCUUCGACGCCAAUGUGCGAAAGACGACGGUGGCUGCGGUGCCGCUGCAGAAGACAGUGGUACCCCGCCACGUGGACCCCAUGAAGAAGGUGCCUCACGGUGGCAACAGCGACGACGGCCCGGUGCAGCCGUGA